GCCACAGAGACAGGCACAGAAAGCAAACACUCAGACCCCAGCCAGAUGUCGAGCGAAACAGCCAGCAGAGAAGAAGAGUAUCAGCACAGAGGGGCCACUGAGGAGGAAAAUCCAGAGCCCAGCGUGGCAAUGUCCUACCCUGAGAUCGUCGUAGAAAUGGGCACCAUGACCUUUGGAGAAGAGAACAGGAAGAACAUGACCAAUAACUAUUUGAAAAGAACAGAGAACUCUAAAAUCAUCCAAGCCACGUGCGCCCUGUUGAAUUCCGGAGGGGGUGUGAUCAAAGCAAAGAUCGAAGAUAAAAACUACAGUUACCGAUGCCAUGGGCUGGGGCAGGACCUGGAAACCUCUUUUCAAAAGCUCCUUCCUUCUGGUUCACAGAAAUACCUCGACUGCAUGCAACAAGGGCACAACCUCCUGAUUUUCGUAAAGUCGUGGAGUCCGGAUGUCUUGGGCUUCCCGCUAAGGAUUUGCAGCUUGCGCUCCAAUUUAUACCAGAGAGAUGUGACUUCUGCCAUAAACCUGAGCGCCAGCGCUGCCCUGGCGCUUCUCAGACACAAGCAGUCUAGAGCCCAGAGAGGAAGACCGAGGGUGAGGGGGCCCCAUCCCCAGGGGGCUCUGGACACAAACGUCCAGGAAGAGGAAGACAUGAGGACGUCCGCCUCAAGAUUUCUUCAAAAGGACAAGCUCAUCUAUAAAGAGAAAGUCGACUUUACUGAGUCAACACAUGUGGAGUUUAAAAGGUUCACCACCAAAAAGAUCAUCCCUAGGGUUAAAGAAAUGCUUUCUCAUUACGUUUCUGCAUUUGCCAACACCCAGGGGGGAUACCUCAUUAUCGGGGUGGAUGAUAAGAGCAAAGAAGUGUUUGGAUGUAAGAGAGAAAAAGUGAACCCUGACUUACUGAAAAAAGAAAUAGAAAACUGCAUAAAAAAACUGCCUGUAUUCCAUUUCUGCCGUGAAAAGCCAGAGGUGAAUUUCACUACCAAAAUCUUGGAUGUAUACCACAAAGAUGCCCUGUACGGUUAUGUCUGUGUGGUUCAGGUAGAGCCCUUCUGCUGCGUGGUGUUCACAGAGGCCCCGGAUUCCUGGAUCAUCAAGGACAAUUCUGUCACCAGGCUGACGGUGGACACCUGGGUGGCCACGAUGCUGGGUAUUCAGCCAGCUCCGUGCAGCUGGACCACAGACUGCAGCCUCCCCCUGGUUUCUCCAGCUUCGCCUGCACUGGGAAGCCCCCGGUCUCCCAUCAAAGUCCUGGAAUUUAAGGGUGCUCUCCAGCAACGUCUGUUUCCAGUGACACAGGAGGAGAUACAAUUUAAACCCGAAUCCCUCUGUAAGAAGCUCUUCUCAGACCACCAAGAACUGGAGGAAUUCAUGAAGACGCAGAUAGGUCCUUAUUCUCGGGGGAUUGUGCUGUUUUCUAGGAGCUGGGCGAGUGACCUCGGUCUCGGGAAGGAGCAGGAUGUGCUGUGCGACGCUCUCCUCCUAGCGGUGGGCAGCCCGCUGGUGCUCUACACCGUCCUGAUGCGCCCCAGUGGGACUGACGGGCUGGAGUAUGGCCUGAGCACUGCCCGUCAGCUGAAGCAGAAACUGGGAACGGUGGGCGGCUACGCAGGGAAAGUGUGUGUCAUCCCCAGACCGGUGCACCUGCCCGGCGCGCAGCACAGUCCCCGUGACAUCCCCGUGCGCUACCCCCAGUCCUACCGGCUCGCCGAUCAGGAGGACCUGGAAGACUUGUUGCAGGCCCUUGUCGUGCUCUUGCUGGGCUCUGGUUCUCUUCUGGGUGACCAGCUGGGCUGCGAGUUUUUCAACUUGCUCAUAGCAGAGCAGUGCGAGCUGCUUUCGGGGAGCCUGCGGGAGACCCGGGAACUGUUCGUCCACUGCCUGCCGGGAACGAGGAAGACGGCCCUGGUCGUGAACGUCGUGGAGAAAAUGAGGGGCCUGCUCCAGUGCAGACCCAGGGAGAUCCUCUACGUCUGUGAACACGACUCCUUAAGGGAUUACGUGGCCCAGCAGACCACCUGCCAAGCUGUGACCCGGAAAACCUUCAUGGGAGGGGAGUUCCUAAAGGUUAAACACAUAGUGAUGGAUGAGACGGAGAAUUUCUGCAGCAAGUAUGGGGACUGGUACAUGAAGGCUAAGAGUAUCACCCAUCCAAAGGCGAGGGGAGCUAGAAGUGAAGACCCUCACCACGGGGUUCUCUGGAUCUUUCUGGAUCCUUUCCAAGUCCAUCGUGCUGAUGUCAGUGGCCUUCCCCCUCCAUCUGCCCGGUUUCCUCGUAAAGCAAUCACCAAAGGGAUCCACUGCUCUCUGGAAAUAGCAAGGGUCAUGAAAGAGGAAAUGAAGAAGAUCGGAGAAAAUCCUCUGUCUGCUGCGUGUCCGGACGCAGUGGCGUUGUUCAGAGAAGCCGCCUACGAGGACGCCAUGCAAGCUCAGGCCCUUCCUGGGGUGUGUGAGACGGAGACCAACCUGACCCUGGAACAGAUCGCAAAGUAUGUGGCAGACAGAUGUCAUAGCCUGCUCCAGUGUGGCUAUCUGCCCAAGGAUAUAGCGAUUCUGUGCAGGAGAGCGGAGGACAGAGGACGCUAUGAGCUUGCGCUGCUCGAAGCAAUGGCGUUCACUGAGACCCACAGAGCAACCAAAGCUGUGUUCAGCCAGGCCGCUGGCGCCUGGGGCAAUCACAUCAUUUUAGACAGCGUUCAGCAGUUUUCCGGCCUGGAGAGGAACAUCGUGUUUGGGCUUUGUCCAGAGUGCACCCUGUCAGAGGAAACUCACAAGCUCUGCUUCGCCUCCAGAGCCAUCCUACAGCUCUACCUGCUUUAUGAAAAGAGGGCAGCUCUCUGAACAGUAUUUCAAACAGUCCAGGAAGCGGGAAGGAGCAGAGUCUCUUUUCCCAGGCAGGUGGCAGUUACUCCUUUUCACAUAUUACCAAUGGGGAACUCAAGGCACAGUCAGGGUGGCAGAGAGCCACGGAAAAGUCUCUCAUUGUCCUCUUCCCAGUCCACCCCAUCUUCCCCAUGGACAGUUACAACAGACUUCUAAUUGGUCCCUGCCUCUGGUUUCAUUGUGUCAACCAGAGCUGCUCUCCUCACAGAGGGAACUGAUUUUAUGACAUUCCCUGCUAACGCAUCUUCAGUGAGUCCCUGCAGUGUUUAAGUCAAACCAGUUUCCAGGGCUUUCCAUGAGGCACCCUGACUUAACGCACUUAGUGCAGCCUUUGUUACCAACCCCUCCGUCUCCCGGUGCUUCUAAUGCAGCCAGGCUCGAGGGCCUAUUGGGGGUGGGAGGUAACAUGCCUUCAGGGCUACUUACCUUGACCCGGUGUGUCAGGUCAGGGCAGCACCUUGGUUGGCUCGUUGUCCUGGCUACGGGUCCCAAGCUUUGCAGGCUCAGAACUUGAUUUCCUCUAGGAGUGGAAAUGUGUUCGUAGUUAUGAUGUGUGCUACAGGCUUUACACAUUUCAGCAUUAGGGCUGCUCUCUUGGGCUUCUGCUACUGCCAUGUGAAGAGUGUGCCUUGGGCAGCCCACCAGUCACGGAGGAAUGAGGGAUGUGAAGCAGUUUUGAACUCAACUCGUGCCCCGGAGCCAAGUUUGACUGAUCCCAACUAGAUUAGCCCAAAACCCAGCUGACUGACGAUGCCUGCGAGAGAAAUAAAUACUCAUUAUUGUAUGACUGAGAUUUCAAGAGUGUUUGUUUUGCAGCAGUAGCUGACUAGUGCAGGCAUUUCCUCAUGGUGUAGCAUGAACUUCGAAUGAUCAUUUUUAAUGGCUGCACAAUGUCCCAGCUAAGUUAUACAAAAUCGUAAUUACCACCCCCUAUUAAUUUGCAUCACUAGCAAUUUGACACUGUUGAAAUGAAGCCCAGUCCAUACUCGGGCAUACAACCUUUUCUUUCUCUGGUAUAUUUAUAAAUCCCCAGAGAUGAAUUACUGAGUCAAAGGGUAGCCAAACCAAAGAUUCACCCUAAUCACAUUGGUUCUGAUGGGAAGUACAUAGAAAACCCCUAAUCACUGCACCUGACAACAUAUAGGUUUCUUGCCUUAAAUAAGAGAGCAAAAUACUGACAUCAGGUUCUGAGGGCGACAAAGAGGCGUCAGCAUCUCAAAAACAGGUGGCUUAGAACAGGCUGUCUCUGCAUGGAGAGCAAACCUGAGGCCUAUCACCCAACCCCAGGGCAUCAGAAGGGCCUAACUUGGAGAAUUCCAGAUGGAAGCAUGAAUUAUGUAACCUCUGUGUUACGUAGGGGAAAAAAUGCUGGUUACUUGACACUGAUAUAGGGAGCUGUCUCGGAACGAAGACAGAGUGCCUCUGACCAUCAAUGGGACUUUUUUUUUAAUUUGAGAGAGAGACAUUGAUUUAUUGUUCCACUUUUUCUUGCAUUCAUUGGUUGUUUCUUGUCUGUGCCCUGGUUGGGGAUCGAACCCACAACCACUCCAACCAGCUGAGCUACCUGGCCAGGACUUUUUUUAAAAGAGAAACUGUGGCACGGAGAAACCCUCUUAAGAAAAGAGAAGAGAAGGGGGGAAAUCGGGACAACUGUAGUAGCAUAAUGAAUAACAUAUACUUUAAAAAAAGAAAAGAGGAGGAAGUAUAAAGAUAAACUAGAUUUUCAACCGAAGCUGAGCUGCCCCAGUUUCCAAAGGUUUUGGAGAGGCCAAAGCAUGAAAUUAUGUUCAAGAAGCUUCAACAUGAAAUGGCUGCAAAAUUCAUAAUAACCAUAUGUUACUAUUUAUUGAGAUAGUACUAUAACCAGCUACUGUUUUCUAAUGCUUUGCACACAUUCUCCCAACUCCAUGAGGUCUAUACACAUUAUCUCAGCUUUAUAGAUAAGAAAACUGAGGUGCAGAGAUAUUAACUUUCUGAAAGGCUCCUGAGUGUCCGAGCUGAGUGAACAGAGCAUGUGAACGGCACCCUCACUGUGGCAAUCUCAACUUUGAGAAUGUACUCAACUUUGGGGAAUACUCUGAAAAGACUCCCCAGAGGCGAGAAUGCUCACGCUCGCGCUCAGGGUCCUUUGUCGAGUUCUCCUCCCUAGAAAUCAGUGGCCUUCACGGUAAGUGAAGACAGUGGCUAUCCUGUCCCCUACACUUAACAUCUGCGAGUUUUCCCUGACCCUCCUGACUAUUCUAGAAGAACCUGAAGUUCUCUUCUGCAAAGCUCAGAAUCAGACUCAAGGUCACACUCCUUCCAAGGUCAGGCCCUUCUGCUGGACCCCGUCCAAGACCGCUGCUGCUGCUCGGUUCGAUAGCUUCCUCUCACAGAGGAAACACGAUUUUGAAAUAAAUGGGAUCAGUUUUCAAUUUCAUUUCUUUCAUUUUCAGCCUAAAAUGGAAGUAAAAAGGAAGGAAUUAGGACAUGGCUACUGUGUACUAUCUCUCCUUAUUGUUUGCUGCUUCAGAAUGAUCUCAGGCCGUUGGAGGUUAAGGCCCACCUUCGCCCCUGCUCUAAUCAGGGAGGGUUGUCUUCUUUGCUCAGUUACACAGCUUGGAAGAGACACGUGUUGGAGGCGGGCGGGGAGGCAAGCAGGGGGUCCCUUCGAAGACAGGCAGAUGCAACCCACCAGUCAAUGGCUCAUCCCUCAAAGCACCUCCACAGCUCUGCCCCUGUACCCUCUGGACAUGCAGGAUGAGAUCAAAGCUAACAGAUAGUAGAUGCUGGCAACGGUCCGAUACUGUGCGAAAUGUUGUAUAUGCAUUAUGACUUUGAUCUUCCCAGCAACUUUUGGGUUUUGUUUCCCAGACCCCUGGAAGUUAGGAUAAGGUUGUGUUAAGAACAUGUAUCCCAGGGUCAAACCCUCCCUGCCUUUGAAUUUGAAUUCUAUUCCUAAUUAGCUGAAGGACCUCAGGCAAGGUAAUUUUCCCUUUUAAAAUUCAGGUUUCUCAGCUGUAAAACAGAGAUAAAAUUCAUACCUAUGACUUAAGAUAAAAAUGAGGGUUGACACAGAAAUGGAGAUCACAUAGAGGGUUAGCAACUGGGGAGUGGGAGGAGGAGAGGGGGAAAGGGUACAGAGAAUAAGCAGCAUAGAUGGUAGGU